GGACGAGACCGAGGCCGUAGAAGGCAAAAGAUAUACAGCCCUUAGUUACUCGUACGAAGAUGCAGAGGCCAUUUUCCAGGAAUGGUACCCCGAUAUACCGAGGGAUGCCAAACCGGAGCGCAAUCAAUAUUGCCCUCAUGUGUUGGAAAUAAUGAAGAAAGACCCAAUGAUGACGGCAUGGAAUCAAGUAUCCUCAGAUCCAAAGAAGCAAGAAGAAUGGAACAGGAUUGCACUUCGUCAACGGAAUGCUGGAGCCUUUCUCGAUUGUUACCUCGAUACGCGAUAUCGCCAAUGGCUCGAAGAAGGUGCUGAGGAUGGUGUCGAAUAUAUUUGGCUGGACGAAUUCUGUCUGUACGAUCCAGAAAAUCCAAGUCUCGAAACCAGAAAUGAAGAACUCGGUCGCAUGGCAGAUAUUUUCCGCUUCGCUGAAGCUGUAUGCGUCUACUGCCCUAUUAUCAACUGCAAGCACGUUAGCAAGCGUCCCAACAGAGACUGUCAGUAUUGUGGCGCCAAUGGUCGACUCUGCCAGAGAUGCAACAAGAACGGAUGCCACUGGGGUUCCCGCCUCUGGACCCUGUCCGAAAUUGUCCAUGCAAAUAAAGUCGUAUCCAUGACGAGGGUGCAAGGUCAACAUUCCGACCCUUUCUAUAACAAUUGGGAAUACUCAUUGACCAAGAUGGACGGUCGUGAUUUUAGGGCACAAAUGCAACGUCAAGCAGAACUCGACGGCCAGUGGCAUCUUCACGCCAUUAUGAGGCAUGCCAAUAAUUCGGGUUCGAGUACAUGGCAGCAAGCAAUACACUCCCUGGUCGUCGAAGCUAUUUUACGCAAUCAAGCGGGUCGCUUCAAUAAUAAGUACCUUGCAAAAGCUCUCAAUGGGUUAUUGCCCCGACGUGCGAUGCCCAAGCAUCUAUUGGGAAAGGACGGUUGGGCAGACCUUGCUUGGCUCUUGGAACUCAACCAAGGCUUCUACAAUGCUGCGGGGCUCGCUGCAGUAUGUGGAUUGGGAGAGACAACGACCCAGGGUAAAGGAUGGCUAGGGCCGCCACUUGCACCUGCCCCCGGGAAUGAGCGUAUCGAGCCGGUAGUGAUCGCCUUUCCUAUUCCCUCUGGUCUCUUCAUAACCAAUCCGAGGAUUGUUGGCUUGAAUAAUGAUAUCGAAAGGGAUAUCGGUGGCAUGUAUCGUACAAAGAAGCUUCUCCCAUUCCAGUCCCCCUCUCAAAUUCAAUCUACUUGGAGCUCAAUUUUCCUCAAGAAAUCGGGCUUUGUCUUACUUCGCAAUGAAAGAUGGGACGAUAAAAAGGGGUAUACUGCUCAAGAAUACUUGGGGGAACGAGACAGUCGCCUAGAACGCCUUGAGAGUUGGGGUUACAAUCAGCUUGCGCCAGAAUGGGCAUACGAUUUCAGCAACUGGACGAAAAGUGAAAGGGACAGCAUGAAAAGGUCUACCCUUGUCGACCUCAACCUCGGUAUUAUGGCAGAUUGUUACAUUAGGGACUGGGAAGAUAAACCUCCUAACGCCCUGAUCCCCCUAGCAGUUCACGGAUGUGGGGUGACAUGCCUAAUCUUGCAUCACCAUGACGAUCGAACCAAGGCAGCUGUAAAGCUCGGUAUCGUCAAUUUGGCACCAUAUCUUUUGAACCAAGGGGUAGCAUUAGCCGCCUUAGAAGCCACUAAAUCACCACGUUCUUUAUUAUCUUCAUCCAAGCUUGGUCCUCCGUCACGCGUAUUUUAA